AUGACAUCCACAACGACCAUCCCACCAACCGACCCCUUCCCCUUCCCCCCAACCUACAACUUCCCCCCGUUCUUCACCCCGCAACCAAACCGCAGCACGCGAUCCGCGCAGCUCCAGAAAUGGUCCGCCCUGAUCCAAGCCUGGUGCCGACACCACCGGACCUUCCGCCUCUCGAUCAUCGAGGCCGUGGAAUCGCCGCUCUUCCACAACGCGACGCUGCGCAAACGUGUCUCGCUCGGCGACGCCCGUGACAUCGUCGACUGGAUGGCUGCCGGCGCUGACGAGGACGGGUCCGCCGGCGGCGGGAAACGGGCCGAAUGGGUCGAUGCGAAUCAGAGAUCCGUCGCAUGGAUCUGGUGGCGCAGGCCGGAGGAGUGGGCCGGGCUGGUGGCUGAUUGGGUUGAGAAUACGGGGCAGAAGAAUGUCGUGCUCACGGUGUAUGAGUUGCUAGAGGGGGAGGCGACGAUCUCGCAAGAAUGGCAUGGCAUGGACCCGGACGUCAUGCUUCGGUCUCUCAAUGUCCUCGUCAAACGGGGCAAGGCCCAGGUCUUUGGCAGUGAAGGCCAGGAAGGUGUCAAGUUCUUUUAA